AACAAAACAAAACGAACGGCCGAGUUCUAGAUCGAAGAUUUAGGAAUCGGCUAGCUUUGCAGUUAUUAUGGUUGUUCUACAGAUCAAAAUUACAACCCCACGAAGCGGAGAUUUUGAAGUUAGGCCUUGAUCCUUCCAGUUUGGUGCUGAACAAGCUCCUCCGUCUUCCAAGUUCCAAGAUCCUAUCAACAAUGACGACGACGACGACGACCACAUCGGCGACACAAGCAUACGGUGAAACCUGGUACUGGGACAAUCGCUAUUCCAAUGAACCCGGUCCCUUCGAUUGGUACCAAAAGUAUCAAACCUUAGCUCCCAUCAUGAAUCUCUAUGUCCCUCGCAACCACCGGAUCCUCGUCGUCGGUUGCGGCAAUUCCGCAUUUAGCGAAGGCAUGGUUGACGAUGGUUACGAAGAUGUUGUCAACAUUGAUAUAUCCUCGGUGGUGAUUGAAGCUAUGCAGAACAAAUACCGUGAUCGUUCCCAGUUGAAAUAUAUGCAAAUGGAUGUCCGAAAUAUGAGUGAAUUUGAAUCAGAUUCCUUUGGCACUGUAAUUGACAAAGGAACUCUUGAUUCUCUCUUGUGUGGAAAUAAUUCGAGACAAAAUGCCACUAUGAUGCUUGAAGAGGUUUGGAGGGUUCUCAAGGAUAAAGGAGUUUAUAUCCUGGUAACCUAUGGAGCUCCAUUAUAUCGCCUACGUUUGCUUAGAGAUUCAUGCUUAUGGAAUAUAAAGCUUCAUGUGAUAGAAAAACUUGCAUCAGAAGAAAACGCUAAUGGUACAUUUUGGGAGCUGACCACUCCUGUCCCACUCAAUGAUGAUGGAAGCUCAGUGGAGCAAGAACUUGGAAAGAAUCCGGAUGUCCAUUAUAUUUAUAUUUGUGUUAAGGAUGAAUCUUUGAAGUCAAGCUCCAAAGCAUGAAGAGACAGAUCAGAUCAGUGAGGGAAGACAUGCGUUUUAGUUCUUCAAAUUCGUGUUAUAAUAAGUACUUUUUUUCCUUCUGUUCAACUUCGAAUUUGUGAAGUAGAAUCUGAAGUCUAGAAGUUUCCAAUUAUGUAUGAUGAUUAUCCCCAACUUUGUGAAGUUGUAAUACGACUUUUUCACAUGGUGUCUGUAAAUUGAACCGUUUAAAUUAUAACUGGUAAAUUUAUUUAUUUUUUUCUUUGCUGAUA